GACGGGGCAUGGCGUCGCGCCUCGCCCAGCGGCGGUCCGUGGCCGCCCCGACGCGCCUCCAGACGACCGCAGACGCCACCAAACCUCGACUGUCAAUCGCGAGCCCUCGCAGCAGUACCAUCCCACCGGCGAGCAAGACACCGCCCGCCAAGACACGCCCGCCGCCCGCGCCAACGUCGACGAUACCAAAACCACGACCGUCGACGACGCCGUCGUCACAGAUUCAGCGCACGGCAACAAGCCGCGUGUCAUCCGCACCUCGGUCGACGGUACCGGAGAAGAAGCCACUGCUCACGCGACAAGCGACCACGUCGUCGUUGCUCAAGCCACCGCAUGCGAUCGAGACGUCGUCCAAGACCAACAAGCCUGUGAUGCGCAAGACAGCAUCGCUCUCGACACCGGCGCUCGUGCUUGCGACAGCGCGGCCGAUCGAGGCGGCGGCGAUGGCAGCGCUGCAGUCGUCGCCAACCGCCAAGGCUGCCUCCGACCUCGAGCUCGCGAUCGAACGCGAAGAAGGUGCGGCCAAGCUCGCAGCGUGCAACGAAUCGCUGGAAGCCAGGGACGCGGAGUUGGCAGCGUCGGUAUCGGAGCUGGCUACCAAGGACGCAGCGCUGGCUGCGAAAGAUGCCACGAUUGCUGAAUUCACCACCGCUUGCGCCCGGUUCAAGGCCGACUGCGAGUCGUAUGCGACGACGGCGCUCAACUGGAAAAGCAAAUGCGAGGCCGCCGAGGCCGCCGUUGUCGUGUGGCAAGGCAAGUGCGAGGCGCUGACGCGCGAGCUUCAGCACGCACAAUCCAACGCAGUGUCAAAAGAGGAUUUGCUCAAGCCCACCAUGGCACGCCGGAGCAGCUCGUCGGUGCUAUUGCGCGCCAACGCCGCAUGGGUCCAAGCCGCCGAGGGCCUCGAGCACCACUUGGCGGACGCGGAGACGCUCAUCCAGCACUUUCACAGCGACAGUGACGCGCCAACGUCACCGAUGCAGCGAACGGCAUCGUUGGUGCUGCCUGACACGAUCGCAGCGCUCGACGCGCAGCUCCAGCGGAUGCCGCUCCAGCUCGAAGACGAGACGAUGGCGAGCCAGCAAGGCUACGAGCGCGAGCUCUUCAACCUCAAGAAGGAGCUCCGGCGUCUCGGCGAGUACGUGCGGUCGCAGCAAAGCGUGACGCUCCUCGAAGACGAGUUCAAGCAGUACAAGCUCAGCACGGAAGAGAAGCUCCAUCGGUCCCACGACGAGCUCCAUAGCCUCCGCGCCAAGCUCUUGGGGCUGGCCAAGACGCACUGCGAGCAGAUGGGUGAGGCCGUCACGCGCAUGAAUGUGCUCGAAGAUACGAUCGAAGCGCUCCAAGCUGGCGCACCCGUCGCCGAGCCCGACGUCGCGGCGUGGAAAGUCGAGCGCGACCAGCUGGGCGCCACGAUCGCGUCGUACGAGCGCACGCACAUCGAGCUCCAGGCGCAGCUGGCGACACUCCAAGCGUCGGUCGUGAGCAUGAACGAGGAGAAGCUGUCGCUCACGGCGCAGUGCUCGUCGCUACAGAGUGCGCUCGCCAGCCGCAAGGACGUCGACGGCGUAUGGGACGUCAUGUCGUCGACGUCGGCGUGGGUCGUCGACGUCCUGCGGGCGCAGCUCGACCAAUGCUACCUCCAGCGCACUGUCUAUGCUCGAGGACCAUCAUCAUCUGCGUCGUCGAGCGCUCGGGUGCGCGAACUCGAAGCGCAGGUGCGCGCUGUGAACGCCACGCUGCAGGAUCGCGAGUCUCAGGUGCGCGAACUCGAGAGCCAAGUACGGGACCUCGAAGUGGUUGCGAGCGCCAACGUGGACAUGGAAAACCUGCAGCUACAACUGGACGGGCAGGAACGCCAGCUCACAGCGCUUCGUGCGCAAAAACACCACGAGAGUGUCGAGAGCCACGCACGGAUCGUUGCGCUCGAACUUGAGCGCGACGAACUUGAAUCUGGAGCGCGCGAAUCGGCCGUGCAGCUGCAGCAGCUCCAGAAGCACAUUGUGUCACUCACCGCGCGGUACGACCAGGAGCAAGCGAAUAGCGUGCAGCUGGAUGCGACGCUGGAGGCGCAGCAAGCGCACAUCACGGCGCUCGAGCGCACGAAGGCCACGAUGGCGACCAAGAUGGCGCAGCUGGAGCGGGCGCUCGCCCUCGCCGAUAAGCAGCACGCGACGCAUCGACAGCUCUUGGACCGCGACCACACGGCCUCGGCGACGCUGCACUUGGAGAUCGCGCACUUGAAAAAGCAGAACGACGGGCUCGCCCAGCUCCUCGGUCGCCAAGAAGCCGCACUCAACGAUGCGCACAAGAACGUGGCCGACCUCGAGGGUCAAGUCGAGCGCUACCAGCUGCAGCAAGUCGAGUUGGAUCAGUACAAGCACGAGGUCGAGGCCAUGGAGGAGAUCCUAGAGGCCAGCAGUCCGCUUCAUGGCGCGGCCGUGCGCCCGCACGUGUUCCCGGCCUCGUCGCCGCCGUCGCCAAGUGCGAAGCGAAGCCUCGAUCCCGCCGCCCACGUGGCCAUGUGGCGCGAGCGCUGCGCUGCGCUGGAAGGUACUAACGCCGCGCUGCUGGCAAAGCUCCAAGCAAAGGACGAGCCUGACAUCCGCUUCUACGUCGCUCAAGUAGAUGGUCUCGAAGAGCGCCUUGGCGAGCAAGCGGCCAUGUACCAAGGCCUCCUCGACGACGCCCAAGCGCGCUGCGCCGAGCUCAGCGCCAAGUACGACGCUGUAAUGCGACAGCUGCCGACCAGCCAAGACCAAAGCACAUAGCGUCAUAGUAAUCGUAACCUUCGUGCUUAGAGCUCCUCC